AUGGCCUGUUCUAAUCUGGUGGAAACUCUGACCCAGAGUUCUGAAAAUCUCUCCACCCAGCUCAGCUUAACAGCCAAAGAACUAGACUAUGCUCUCCAACAGAGUGAGAACCUGAGCGGCAGAGAGACCAGCUUCCUCAUCCCUGAAGAGUUGCAGCCAGCGCCUGAGAAGCGAUUUAAUUUGUUCCUGAGGAGGCGUCUUAUGUUCCAAAGGAGUGAACACAGCAAAGACUCGGUCUUCUUCAGAGACGGGAUCCGGCAGAUAGACUUUGUCCUGUCCUAUGUGGAAGACAUGAAGAAAGAUGCAGAGCUGAAGGCAGAAAGAAGACGGAAUUUUGAACAAAAUCUCAGAAAAACAGGUCUUGACUUGGAAAUAGAAGACAAAUUGAACUCUGAAGAUGGGAAAACCUAUUUUGUGAAGAUUCACGCCCCAUGGGAAGUCCUGGUCACUUACGCUGAAGUGCUGGGAAUCAAGAUGCCUAUUAAGUUGAGUGAUAUCCCACGGCCGAAGUACCCACCCCUGUCUUACAUGCUUGGGCCUGUGAAACUCCCAUCUGCUGUGAAGAAUCCUAGCCCUGAGUAUUUCACUGCCCAGUUCAGCAGACACCGUCAGGAACUCUUUCUCAUUGAAGAUGAGGCCACUUUCUUUCCAUCCUCAACAAGGAACAGAAUUGUUUACUAUAUUCUGUCACGAUGCCCUUUUGGAGUAGAAGAGGGGAAGAAAAAGAUUGGGAUUGAAAGACUGCUGAACUCAAACACUUACUUAUCUGCCUACCCACUCCAUGAUGGCCAGUAUUGGAAGCCAUCAAAAACUGCUCGCAUGAAUGAAAGGUACAUCCUUUGCAAGAACUGGGCUCGGUUUUCCUACUUUUACAAAGAGCAACCUUUUCAUUUGAUUCGGAAUUAUUAUGGAGAAAAAAUCGGCAUCUAUUUUGUAUUUCUUGGGUAUUACACAGAAAUGCUGUCGUUUGCAGCCCUGGUUGGCUUAGCCUGCUUCAUCUACGGCUUGUUAUCGAUGGAAAAUAACCUAACUAGCACUGAAAUCUGUGACCCUAACAUCGGAGGUCAGAUGAUCAUGUGCCCUCUUUGUGAUGAAGUGUGUGAUUACUGGAGACUGAACACCACGUGUUUGCAUUCCAAGUUCUCCCAUCUGUUUGAUAAUGAGUCGACUGUGUUCUUUGCAAUCUUCAUGGGGAUCUGGGUCACACUCUUCCUGGCGUUUUGGAAACAGAGACAAGCCAGGCUUGAGUACGAGUGGGAUCUGGUGGACUUUGAAGAAAAACAGCAGCAGCUCCAGCUGCGGCCUGAAUUCGAAGCUAUGUGUAAACAUAAGAAGAUGAAUCCUGUGACGAUGGAAAUGGAGCCACACAUGCCUCUAUGCCAUCGCAUCCCAUGGUACUUUGUGUCAGGGACCACAGUGGCGUUUGGGAUGGCUCUCCUCCUCAGCAGCAUGGUGUCCAUCAUCAUAUACCGCCUGUCAGUCUUUGCCACUUUUGCCAGCUUCAUGGAAAGCGAAACCACCCUGCAGAGUGUGAAGAGCUUCUUCACUCCACAGCUGGCCACUGCUCUCUCUGGAUCAUGCCUGAACUGCAUUGUCAUCUUGAUACUGAAUUUUUUUUAUGAGAGGAUAUCUGCCUGGAUUACAAAAAUGGAAAUACCUCGAACUCACCAGGAGUAUGAGAGCAGCCUCACUCUGAAGAUGUUUCUCUUCCAGUUUGUGAACUAUUACUCAUCUUGCUUCUAUGUGGCCUUCUUUAAAGGGAAGUUCGUGGGAUAUCCUGGGAGGUACACAUAUAUGUUCAACAUAUGGAGAAGUGAAGAGUGUGGUCCUGCAGGCUGUCUGGUAGAGCUGACCACCCAGCUAACUAUCAUCAUGAUUGGGAAACAGAUUUUUGGAAACAUUCAUGAAGCCUGCCAACCCUUGAUUUUUAAUUGGUGGAGACGCCGAAGAACCCGAACCCACUCUGAGAAACUGUACAGUCGUUGGGAACAAGAUCAUGACCUUCAGAUUUACGGGCAUCGUGGGCUGUUCUAUGAGUACUUGGAAACAGUUAUACAGUUCGGGUUUGUCACACUGUUUGUGGCCUCUUUUCCCCUGGCACCCCUGUUUGCUCUCUUGAACAACAUUAUGGGAAUCCGAGUGGAUGCCUGGAAGCUGACAACGCAGUACAGGAGACCUGUCGCAGCGAAAGCUCACUCCAUAGGCGUCUGGCAAGACAUUCUUUAUGGAAUGGCCAUCCUUUCUGUUGCAACUAAUGCCUUCAUUGUCUCAUUCACAUCAGACAUCAUCCCUCGGUUAGUUUACUUCUAUGCCUACUCAACGAAUUCCACAGAGCGCUUGAGAGGAUAUGUCAAUAACAGCCUGUCAGUGUUCCUGAUAGCCGACUUUCCCAAUAACACGGCGCCCAUGGAGAAAAGAGACUUCAUCACCUGCAGGUACAGAGAUUAUAGGUACCCUCCCAAUCAUGAGGAGAAGUAUAGCCAUAACAUGCAGUUCUGGCAUGUCCUUGCCGCCAAGAUGACCUUCAUCAUAGUAAUGGAACACAUCGUGUUUCUGAUUAAAUUUUUAUUGGCCUGGAUGAUACCAGAUGUUCCCAAAGAUGUUGAGGAGAAAAUCAAACGAGAAAAGUUAAUGACUGUCAAAAUUAUUCAUGACUUUGAGCUCAACAAGUUGAAAGAAAACUUGGAUGUUGAAUAUGGUAACAUCAUUAAGAACUUUGCAGUAAAUGAUAACUUAUCUCUGAGGGCCAAAACUCCUGUCUAA